AUGUCCGGUCGUCGUAAGACGACACCUAUAAGACUUUUGGAUGCCACAGAAACAUUUAAUCCGGUUUCAUCUGUUGACUCUAUGCCAAGCACUUCGGCUGCAAGUGAUAUUCAAAGUGCUGAUGUACAAGAUUCUUUAAUGCUUGCAGAAGCAAAUUCGUCUAUUAAAUUAUCCUCCAAACAACUUGUUUUUAAUAAUAUUUUUAAGCAAGAAAGUAUACGAAAGAAUGGAAAUAUGAUGGAGCUUACUUCUGCGUCAUCCCCUCGUGGUCAUAUGUAUUCAUCUAAAAGUGAUUCUUCUAGUAUUUCUGAUCAUACAAGAUAA